AAUGCGGUUCUAGAACAGAAGUUGGUGAUUGCGCGGAGUGAUCGCAAGUGUGAGACGUGUGAGCGGGUUAGUGAGUUAAUUUCGCCGUCUCUGUCCAGGGCUGGUUAGGUGAUAGCAGGUUGUUUGUUCGAUGAUUCACGUUGAUGCUUGUUAUAUCCAUUAUUUGUUCUUUCUUUCUUUUCAAUGCCUGUUGCACAUGUCAAUUGACGUAAUAAAACCCUGAUCACCAAUAUUGGCGCAUGUCUCAGAAUCUGGCCAAUGCACGUUGGCAAAGGCUUGAUAUCGCCGGUCUGAGCGAUAGUGACCCCGCCGGAGCAAUUUGCAAACCGCCUGAUGUAACCACCAAGAACGCCUAGAUUCACUAGUCAUAUUUAAUUAAUCCCUCCCACCCCAUGAACUAGGCCCCGUUUUUAUCUCUCUACUGUCAUGGUGUCCCUGACUCUGGAAGGUCUGCCGGUCGAGUUGAUCGAGGCCAUCGUGGGCUUGCUAGACUUUCAAGACAUCUGCGCUCUCCGUCUGGCCGGACGCACGGUCUCAUUCAAAUCAUCCAAUGCUACUUUUCGGACCUAUUUCUCUUCCAAGAAAUUGCAGAUCACCGAAACCUCGCUGAAAAGGUUUGUUCACGUCACCCAACCAGGGCAGCUCGGCCUCUGGCUCCAACGGCUUACUAUGUACGACAUUCUGGACCCAGAUACUGAAGAUGCAAAAGCCGAGGACUCGGAUACUACAAUCAAGGCAGCCCAAUUGCUAACGCAAGCAAUGGAAAACAUACGGGAUCGAUCGCCCCACGGUGGCCGGUUAUCUAUCUCUCUCCAGAUCCACGGGCGCAAUUUUAAGAGGAAGCCCUCAGCCAAGGUGUUCCAGAUGGUCACGUCGGCACUUGGGAGCAGUAAAUUACCCGUUCAUUCGUUCGAUGUGUUCGCAGAUGCCUAUCAGCACACAUGGGGCAGCUGGUGUAGCUUAGGCUUUAGUGAGCUCACGACAGCUUUGUCCCGCGGCACAGCGGACCUAUCGACCUCAUUUCAGCUGUGCAAGAAAUUAUGCCUGAGCCUGGGGCACUGUAUACAUGCAGUGAAUUUCGAUAAUCCUGACUGGGACCUUCAGCUACCGUUGACCCAUGACAUGGCCCAACAAAAUACUAAAUCGCUCUGUUGUUUUUUGAACCUUUGUCCUGCACUCGAGGAACUACAUCUUGUGUGGGAGUAUGAUGAUUUCCUAGAGACAGCCGCGACUAUGGAGGAAUUGAAGUUCUUCAAUAAGAUGGCGGUAUUCUGCGAAUUUUCGAAUUUGAAAAAGUGUACAUUGAAGGAUCUUAGGAUGUCCGAGACCGCGCUCCUGACGUUUUUUCGCAAAGUUCCUGGGUUGGUGCAUUUGUCCAUAGAUGGACUUGACCUCUAUGAAGGAGAGGGUUUUGACGGCCUGUUCAAUCUUUUGUCUACUACUAUGCCUUAUUUGGAUUUUCUGCGUCUUCGGGGUCUUGGUAGCUUAUCCGGAACCGUUCACUUCCCCGAUGAACCCCUGGAGAAUCUUUGGAUAGAAAGAAGCCGCCCUCCACCUGGUGUCAUACGACGAGGGGCCGAUGCCAGGAGGCUAGUCACUGGCAGGACUUCGUAGGAGAGCAUAGUUCCUAUUUUACAAUCGAAGACACAGAGUGAGAUAUAUUAAAGAGACGAGUGAGCAAUGAUAUAACUCACAAAUAUUG